UCCAUCGACAUGGCUCACAUCCAGUUCCUCUGCAUCGCCUCCAGUUUGCUUGUCCUCCUGGCUCCCACAUGGGCGGGAUUAAUUGCCCAACCGAGCAUUAGCUAUGCCGCCGACGAGCACGCGGUGGCCCACACCCAGCAGAAUGUGGUGAGGAGCUUCGAUGGCACCGUCUCCCACUACGCCAAGUCGGUGGCCACACCCUACUCGCAGGUCCACAAGCAGGACACCCGGAUCAGCAACAAUGUCUACCAGCCGGCGGUGGCCAAGACCUUCAGCUAUGCCCCAGCUCCGGCUCCAGUCUCGAUCCCAGCUCCCGUCUACAGCCACAGCACUCACCAGGAGCCAUCCCACCUGUUUACCCAGGCAUCGCCGGUGUACCACCAGCCUGCUCAGGUCUACCAUCAGGCUGAUCAAUCGGUUUACCACCAGUCUGCUCAUGUCCAGACUCCAUCGGUCUACCACCAGGCUGCUCCAUCGACUUACCACCAGGCUGCUCAUGUGGAGACACCCUCGGUCUACCAUCAGCCCGCUCAGGUGCAGAGUGCUUCGGUCUACCAUCAACCUGCCCAUGUGGAGAGUCCUUCGGUGUACCACCAGCCCGCCCACUACAGUCACCAGCCCGCCGUCAUCCAUUAUUCCCCUGCGGAGACCGUCUCCCACAUGACCUUCGAUGGUUUCGGUACCCACUACGGAUUCUAG